AUCACAACAUGGCGAAGCUGAGUCGGUGCGGGACAACAACUCCACUCUAGAGCUCGCAAUUGGUGUUAAAUAGCUCCCAUGUUAACUAUAUGUGUGCAAGGAUGCAACCAGAAACAUCGUUUGUUGGAAAUACAGUGUGCAGGAUUAACUUUUAGCAGCUAAUUGGCGCUACUUUUGACCGGGAACGGUGUCGCCGCGACGAUUUACCCGGUUAGCCUGACGUGCAGUGUACCCGAAGAGGAGAUGGAAGUGGAUUUCCAGCCAGAGGACUCCUCCUCGUUUAGAGAAGGCAUCGAGCUGGGAGGCGUCAAGGACAUGAGAUCGGAGGCGGACGCCGUGGUCAGUGAUGUACUCUUUGCCGUGAACGAAAUGUACGUGUCACAAAGCCUCGACAGCGCAUUGGACGUUGCGUACAUAAAUGUGGAAACAAGAGAGACCAAUCGCUAUUGCCUUGAACUCACAGAGGCUGGAUUGAGGGUGGUGGGCUAUGCCUUCGAUGAAGUGAAUGAAGAUUUAAGCACCCAGUAUCACGAGACCAUUUACUCCCUUCUGGACACACUAAGCCCAGGAUACAGAGAGGCCUUUGGGAAUGCUCUGCUCCAGCGACUCGAGAGGCUACAACAAACUGGACAUUAAGGAAGCAAGACUCAGCAGUUCACUCAACGUAGUCCGACCUUAGCCCAACUCACCCCCAAAAAAAUAAGGAUUGCAAUGUAAAUUGUUCUACAUUGAUGUUUUUUUUUUUAGUACACCACUUCUUAAUUGCUCGUCUCACUGUUCAACUUCGAGACGCUUCCUACGUCUAAAGGGAUAUUUUCUUUAGCUUUUCUUGCCUGUCAAAUCCAACUACAAAAAAGUGAACAAAUUGCUCAUUUACCUACCGUACUUGUCCUAAAGAACCUGCUUUCCUUAAACUGAUGUAGGAUGACCGACAUGUCAUACAGCUUUUGAAGUUGAUGCUAACCAACUGAAAAUGCUCCCGUUACACUAUUAGGUUUGACAGUUCACUAGCCAAUUUCUCACUUUUGAACCUCAAGUAUUAACGCUUUUAUGAAGCUCAUGCAAGCUUGCGUUUGAAUUUAGAAAUGAAGCACAUUGAUCCAGCUCAACAUGAGAACCACACUAUUGGCCUAGAGACAUUUUGCGCAUGGUUAUAAUGAAGGGAAACAUUUUUGGCUAGCAUUAGUAUUUCUAUCCUUUGUCAAAUAAAAAUGUAAUACCCAUUUCCAAUUUGACUUGAAUUAUUUUUCCAAUUACCAACACGACUUACAAUUUAAUCUUUGUCAGAACUGUCGUUUAUUAGAGUUCAGAAAAACUAAUCACCGCUAUUAAAUCUAAACACCAUUACAAAAUACAGUUAGAAUGUUCUCAGUCAAGACGGUAAGCGGAAACGAUUCACCAAGGUAGGGAAGAGUAGGUGUCCAACUUAACCUCACAAUACUAUGUUAAGAGGAACUUGAUGGAAGAUGUCAUUAGAACUAUGAAGGGAGCAGUCCUUAAAACAUAAUUGAUAUAAAAUCAGCAGUUUGUAAAUAAUCUUCAAAGCAGAUACAUUUUUUGUUCACAGUUGAACUCCCUUUUAUAAUUAAAAAGCAAAAUGGAAUGUGCCUAUUCAGCUGACAAUCUGGACUGGGAACUCGAUGCAGAACAGAUCUUUGCCUUCGUCAUCCUUUAGUU